CCUAUCACUAAGACAAAGACUGUCGAGUCACCUUCCUGUGGAGGAGGGGAUGACGAGGAUGACAAACAGAAGAAAGAGCGGAAACCACUGGCUCAAGAUAUUAAGUUCAGACUUAGCUUUCUUCGCCGAAAACAGGCGGACGUUUCCCUCCAACAGUCCGUCAGACCUCCUCCCGAAGAAGUUCAGAAGUGGUCGGAGUCUUUCCAAGAACUCAUGGCUAGCAAAUAUGGGCUGGCUUUGUUCAGAGCUUUCUUGUCAAGAGAGUUCAGUGAAGAGAACAUCGAGUUCUGGUUAGCUUGUGAAGAGUUCAAAAAAUCUCGGAUUAACAAGCUUUCGUCUAAAGCCUGGAAAAUAUACAAUGACUUUAUUGCUGUCCAAGCACCCAGAGAGGUGAAUCUUGACUCUACGACGCGAAACACCAUAUUUAAUAACCUCUCAAACCCAGACCAUCAUUCAUUUGAUCUAGCUCAAAAGCGGAUCCAAGGUCUGAUGGAACGAGAUACUUAUCUACGUUUUCUCCAGUCUGAACUGUAUCUAGAACUUCUUCAGGAAAACAGUUCUACGUGAAUUUCGAAACACUUCAGUGAUUCCCAAGAUCAAAACUAAGAGACGAUGAUAUCUUAAAAUCAUGAAGACCCAGGAAUGAAUUUGUACUGAAGUGAUUCGAUGGAAUAGAAUGGUAAUAUCGUUCUAUAUUACAGAUAGCAUUUUAAUCCAUUGCUGUCGAACAACAAGUGUUGUUGUUGUUGUUGUUUUUUAGCGGUGGGGGCUUUAUGACCAUAACAACCACUAGGCAAGAUUUCUAGUCAUCUACUUACUAAGCGAACAGGUAACUUAUGCGAUUGCUGUAUAGACUUAAAUGCAAGUGGUUCUGUUGCUAGGAUCAAGACUUCAUAAUUAGACUAAAAGAUGCUGAAAAAAAUAUAGACUAUGGAAAAGUAAUUUUUGACUUAGAUGCCAUGAACCAACAGAGUUAACUAGCUAUAUCUCUUUGGUAAUCCUUGUCGAUUAGUUUCUUACGAUUUUACAAAAGAAAUUGCAGCAUUGGCGGGAAAAAUGAACACUAUAAUGUCAGCGUAAAACAAAAGAUUCGCAUAUGAACACAUUAACUGUAGUAUUUUUGUUGAAAUGCUUGAGAUUUGAUAAAUACGCCAUCAAGUAGUGGUCGUGCAACUUCAGUGUGAAUGUGAUCUAUACCAGGAAGCAGGUUUGAAAUCACAUAUUUGUUGUAGAAAGAAAAUAAUGUUUAAUUCUUCGAAGUUGCUAAAGAUAUUUCACGGACUAAAUCGAACGAAUUAGUUUAGAACAUAGUAUAUAACUACAUUGUGUGAAACUCUGAUAUAUAUAUAUAUUCUUCCGUCUUGGAAAUACUGUAAACAUUCCAACUUUAAUUGUAUCAACACUCCAACGUAAUAUUUAAUUUUUUUAUUGUUGUUGCAAAAUAUAUACUAUCAUUUAUGAUCAGUGGCGUAAAAACUGGUAACCGAUAAACGAUAUGAACUAGUGCUUAUUCUACAUUACUUAAAUUUUAACCGUAAAUAAAGUUUGUUUCUUAUUAAGCACAAAGCUACACAAUGGACUAUCUUUCCUUUGCCCACAGCGAGUAUCCAAACCCGAUUUGUAGUAGUAUAAGCCUAGAUUUACCGCUGAACAACAAGGGAGCUGUAAAUAAAGAUAACUGAAGAGAACCGUUCUGAAAAGAUUUUAGUUAUUGCUGAAUAGCGACAUAUAAAUUGUGUUAUUUAUUCAACUAUCAAAAGUAAACUAAUUUGCAUUUUAAUAUAUUUUUAACAUGCAGAAAUAUUUAUGAGACUGGUACUUUUUAAAAUUAUUGCUAUAUAUCUCUGAUUUUCAUGUAGUUUCACCUUUGACCGACAUACUAGAAUUCUAUUGCCGUGUCUCGCAAUAAGUUUCAGAACUUACAAUACUAAAGUUUGGGGUUCGAUUUCCCGUAGUGGACAGAGCUCGGAUAGCUCAUUGUUCUUUCUAAACUAUGUUGCCCUCCCCCCCAGUGGCACAGCGGUAUAUCUGCGGACGUACAAUGCUAGAAUCCGGGUUUCUAUACCCGUGGUGGGCAGAGCACAGAUAGCCCAUUGUAUAGCUUUGUGCUUAAUUACAAACAAUCUAAACUAUGUGAAGUAGGAUAGUAACAUUAUCGUUUUUUAUGCUUCGAUUCCAUCGUUCUAGCCAAUCAAAUAUCUGCAAUUCACAUAUGCGCCAAUUAAAAUUAGUCUUCUAGGUCGAAACAAUUUUUGUUUGAAAAAUUGUAGAAGGAGCAUAUUGCUGCUAUUAUCAAACCAGAUUUUAUGUAAAAUACUACAACUUUUCCCCAAAACAAAUGUUUAAAAAUAUUAGUUUCCGCUAAUUAUUAUGUCACACGAAACUAGAGUUAGUGCUGUAGAAAGAUAACACUAAAAACUGCUUUACAGAAGCUUUAGAAUAUUUCUAUUGGAACUAAAUAACGUUUGAAUAAUGAUUUAUAUAAAUGUGUAGAAUCUAUGAAUACAGAAUAUUAGUUUUAUACAAAUAUGGAUUGUAACCGCUUGAUCUUCAACCAAUAAUCUAAUUACCGGCCUCUCGAACCGAAAUGUAUUUGAAAGUAUUGACGAAUUUGCUUUGCAAUGGAGAACUUCAUAAUUAUUAAUAUAGUUGCUAAGUAACAGUAGCUUUUAAACCACAGUAAUUUCAGUGCAUGGAUAAAUGCAAAACAAAUGUUACUAUGGCAACAAAAUGAGGGAAAAAGUUGUUAGUAUGACAACAAAAUUAAUUCCGAUCUCAAGGGAUUUUAAAAAGUAUCAUUCUAUAUUUUAUUUCUUGACGUUGUACAUGCGUAUGGAAUUGGUGAGAUGAAGAUAACACGUGUUAUUACAUGGGGCUGAUCUCAGGAUGACACUGUGUGAUGUUUACCGCGUGUGUUGUUUAAUCCCUAGAACGCGCAUAUUUGUGAUAUAAGUGCAAUGUAUGCCUUGACGUUGAUCUAUUUAUAGAAAUUUCUGUUGUUGUGAGUGUGCAGAAAUCGAUCCUUUCUGUGUUAGAAUGUUUCAGAGUGGUGGCGUUAGUACCAUUAAAACUCGAUAAAAAAAUUCUAAAAAUUUUAUCUUCAUUGUGUACAUACUGUCCAAA